AUGGCAACGACUCGCACUCCAUUACUCUCCAACGACAGGGUCUCCCUACGAUCCUCUUUUUCAUCCUCCUCCUCCAUAAACCGCAAAGAGCAACGGCGUCGCCAAGAUGUCAUCAGAUACAUCUCCUUCGCCUCAGCGAUUACAUCCUGCCUUUGCGCCGGCUCCAUAACCGCCUACUCGUUGUAUGGGCAUCUCUUCCAAGAACGCCUCCGCUACACCCAACUGCAAGUCAACAUCGUCGUCAGCGCCGCCGAAAUAGCUCUCUACCUUCCCGUCUCCCUCUUCGGAUAUAUCUGCGACCGAGUCGGACCGGCGCCGUUGUCAUUCGCUUCUGCGAUCUUGUUUGCGAUGGGGUAUUUGCUAGCCGCGUUUACAUAUAAGAGCGGUGCGAAGGACGUCUAUGGGUACACGGCUGAACGGGGCUGGCCGCUGGCGGUCAUGGUCACGGCGUUUGUGGUGAUCGGUUGUGCGACAACGCUCAUGUACCUUUCAGCUGUCACGACGUGCGCGAAAAACUUCGGGAAGGGGAAGCAUAAGGGCCUGGCGCUUGCGAGUCCCAUUGCGGCUUUUGGACUCAGUGGGAUGUGGCAGAGUCAAGUGGGAAGUAGGAUUCUGUAUGAGCGGAGACCAGACGGCAGUCAUGGCGAUGUGGACGUCUUUAGGUUCUUUGUGUUUCUCGCUGGGACAUUGUUCCUCGUUGGGAUGGCGGGCACUUUUUUCUUGAAAAUCGUGGAUGAGGAGGAGUUGAUUGAUGAAGCUGUUGAGGAGCUGGAGAGGAGUGGGUUGUUGGAGGAUAGUGCCUUCUUCCGCGGAGCGGACAGGGGAUAUGGAUCUUUUGAAAGUGGCUCUGAUGAGGAGGCUGUUGAGAAUAGGAGGUUGGAAGAGGCGAAGGCGCAUGCCGAGGAAGAGGCCAGGAAGAAGACUUGGUUGUUGAAUGAAGAGACGAGGAGGUUUUUGAAGGAUCAUACGAUGUGGUGGCUUGCUGCUGGGUUCUUCUUCGUGUCUGGACCCGGUGAAGCUUUUAUCACAAAUCUAGGGACUAUUAUAGGAACUCUCUAUCCUCCUGGUGCCGACCCAAACCGCAUUCCAACCACAGCAGCUACGCACGUCUCGAUUGUCGCAGUCACCUCGACCGCAGCACGAAUUCUAUUCGGCACGCUCACCGACCUUCUCGCUCCCCCGUCCACAACCCACCACUUCGGCUCCGUGGCCAACUCUCUAGCCUCUCUACCACCUCGCCCUUCCCGCUUCUCCAUCUCCCGCGUAAGCUUCCUCCUCUUCUCUGCGCUCCUCCUCUCCCUCGGCCAGAUCCUUCUCGCCUCUGGCCUGAUUCAGAACCACGGCUCUCGCUUCUGGAUCGUCUCCUCACUCAUCGGCUCCGGCUAUGGUUCGCUCUUCUCGCUCACACCUCUCAUGAUCUCCGUCAUCUGGGGCGUCGAGAACUUCGGCACUAACUGGGGAAUCGUGGCUAUGGUUCCAGCCGCUGGAGCGACCUUCUGGGGCGUCGUGUACAGUCAGGUGUAUCAGAUGGCGGCCAAAGCAAGGUCGUUUAAAUUGGGACUGGAAGAAGAGGAUGUUAUGUGUUAUGGAAAGGAGUGUUAUGCAGCGACAUUCUGGGCGAUGGCGAUUAGUGUGUGGAUUGGUUGUGGGUUGUGGAUCUGGGCGUGGAAGGGUCCUGGGGGAUGGACCAAGAGGGGGAUUUCAGUGUGA